CACGGAAGCCGGCCUCCGUGUUACAAAGAAAUUUAAAAUUUUCAAUCAAAAGAAAAAGGGAAGCUGUUGACUGUUGUCGUUGUUUAUUUUUGCCACAACGAGAAGACUGUUCAAAAUCUUUUGAGGAAGCAAACGACGUCGUUGUAUUUCAAACGACCGCGGUGGGGAGCCAAACUUCUAGGGCAUCCUGGUUUGGCAUAAGCCGUGGUUCUCUCCCAUACUGCAGAGCCACACUGAUCACUGGAGGACGAGGGACUCAUUACUAGGGUUUUUCGCUCUUCACACUGCAAGUUCGAAGAAAAAGAAGAAAUCAGAGCUUGAACAAGUUUUUCAGACGGAAAGUUUGUCAAAAUGGGAUUCUCAAUGCAGCCAUAUGGGAUACAAUCAAUGCUCAAAGAGGGACACAAGCAUCUUUCAGGUCUUGACGAAGCUGUUCUAAAAAAUAUCGAUGCCUGCAAGCAGCUCUCCACUAUUACUCGCACUUCGCUUGGUCCCAAUGGUAUGAAUAAGAUGGUUAUUAAUCACUUGGACAAGCUUUUUGUCACCAAUGAUGCUGCCACCAUUGUCAAUGAACUUGAGGUUCAGCAUCCUGCUGCCAAAAUCUUGGUCUUAGCUGGCAAAGCUCAACAAGAGGAAAUUGGUGAUGGAGCUAACUUGACAAUUUCUUUUGCUGGGGAGCUCCUUCAAAACGCAGAGGAGCUUAUCAGGAUGGGCCUACACCCAAGUGAGAUCAUCAGCGGCUACAGCAAAGGAAUCAACAAGGCAAUUGAAAUCUUGGAUGAAUUGGUGGAGAAAGAUUCUGAAACAAUGGACGUGAGGAGUAAAGAACAGGUCAUAUCUCGGAUGAAGGCAGCUGUUGCUAGCAAGCAAUUUGGACUAGAAGACAUUUUAAGUAAUCUUAUAGCCGAUGCGUGCAUCCAAGUAUGUCCCAAGAACCCAGCAAACUUUAAUGUGGAUAAUGUCCGGGUUGCAAAGCUUGUGGGAGGAGGUUUGCAUGAUUGUAAAAUUGUUCGUGGAAUGGUAUUGAAAAGUGACACUGUGGGUACUAUAAAGAGAGUAGAGAAAGCAAAGGUUGCUGUGUUUGCCGGUGGUGUUGAUACCUCGGCAACGGAAACCAAGGGAACUGUGUUGAUUCACUCUGCUAAUCAGCUAGAGAAUUAUGCCAAAACUGAAGAAGCUAAAGUUGAGGAGCUCAUUAAAGCAGUUGCAGAUUCUGGCGCAAAAGUAAUUGUUAGUGGAGCAGCUGUUGGAGAAAUGGCUUUGCAUUUUUGCGAACGUUAUAAACUCAUGGUUUUGAAGAUUAGUUCAAAGUUUGAAUUGAGACGAUUUUGCCGCACCACGGGUGCUAUUGCUCAUUUGAAACUGAGCCAACCAAAUCCAGAUGACCUGGGAUAUGUAGAUUCCAUUUCUGUAGAGGAAAUUGGUGGAGCAAGGGUCACUAUUGUGAAGAAUGAAGAGGGUGGUAACUCUGUAUGCACUGUGGUCUUACGUGGAAGCACUGAUAGUAUACUAGAUGACCUUGAAAGAGCUGUUGAUGAUGGUGUUAACACCUAUAAGGCAAUGUGUAGGGACAGUCGUAUAAUACCUGGAGCUGCAGCUACUGAAAUUGAACUGGCUAGAAGACUGAAGGAAUUUUCUUUCAAGGAAACGGGAUUGGAUCAGUAUGCUAUUGCAAAAUUUGCUGAGAGCUUUGAGAUGGUACCUAAAACACUGGCUGAGAAUGCCGGUCUUAAUGCAAUGGAGAUCAUUUCAUCUCUCUAUGCUGAACAUGCAUCUGGAAAUACCAAAGUGGGUAUUGACUUGGAUGAAGGUGUUUGUAAGGAUAUGUCAGCCAUGAGUAUCUGGGACCUUUACGUCACAAAGUUUUUUGCGCUCAAAUAUGCAGCAGAUGCUGCAUGCACCGUGUUGCGAGUAGAUCAGAUCAUAAUGGCAAAACCAGCUGGUGGUCCAAAGAGAGAUCCACCUGCAGGGGUGGAUGAAGAUUAGUGUUGCGCAUGAUCGUAGUUUUAUCUUUUUGGCCGAAAUCUUGUACUUGCUAUGGUGUUUUCUUUCUACAAUUUUGUUUACUCUUAAAGAAAUGAUAAGACCAUUGCUUUGUAUAUGCUAUUCCUAACCCAACUUUGUCUGAUGAUCGGUUACUAUGGUAGUCCCGAAGUUUCUCGUAUUGGACUCUACUAGUUUCAAGAGAAAUAUCAAGUAAUUUUUGGUGCUGGAUCCGGAGAA